CAGCAACCCUCAAAUAUUUGAUAUUUUUGCUUGAAAGGAUUCAUUAAUGAUCCAAAUAGUUGCAGAUUAGUUUUAUGUCCAUCGACUAACCAAUUAAUCGACCAGUUGUUUCAGGACUGGUGAGGAUUCGCUGCUUUUUCUUGUUUUACACUAUGGUAAAGUGAAGAUUUUUGGGUUUUGGACUGUUUGUAGGACAAAAAAUAAAAUAAAAGCAAUUUAAAUAUGUCAAAUUUGGCUCUAAGAAAUUGUGAUGGGAGUUUGUCACAAUUUUCGGACGUUUUACAGACCAAUCGAUUAACUGAGAAAAUAAUAAUCAGAUUAGUCGAUAAUGAAAGUAAUCAUUAGUUGCUGCCCUAAAAAAACUGAUUCAGUAAGUAGAGGAGACCUAUUCUGUAAUUCUGUUCAAGUAAUUAGUGUAACUUUUAAAAUACUUAAAAUACUCUAAAGAAGUUGCUACGUGCGUACGAACAUUUAUUGAUACCUCAUCUUAGUCUUAUUGAGUAAGUCUAAGAGCUGUCUGAAAGCCAGUGAUGUCUCAUGCAUUGCUGAUAGCUGAAAGCUGCUUACUUGGGUAAUUUUAAGUCUGUAUCUACUGUCCAGUCAGCAUGUGGGCUAUCACUCCCAAUCAGCAGUCAACGAAAGCAUAGUGAGGUUGGUUGAACCUUGCAGACCUUUGGAGCAGCAGGGAGUACAGAGCGAGCAGGGCUGCGGUGAGUUUAUCAGAGGGUCAAAGGACAAAAAUGAGAAAAGGGCAAAGCAAAUAAGAGGGAUUCACCCGUACUUGAGUCUGUCUGUGGGAGAGGAACUUGCUUACUCUGAUGGUUUUGUGUAAACCCUGAAUGUGGCAUGGCACCGUCCGAGGACAGUGUGAGUGCCUGGAACUGCGAGCAUGUGGCCCAGUGGCUGCAGGAAGAAGGUUUCAGGGAAUAUGUGGAGUUAUUGUGCACCCAGCACCGCCUGGAUGGCCCCAGCCUACUGGCUCUUACUGAGGCUGACCUGCGGUGUCCUCCACUGGGCCUGACGGUGCUGGGGGACAUCAAGAGGCUGACCUUAGCCCUCCGCCGGCUUCAGAGACGGAACCAGGCCCAGGUGGAGGAGCUGGGUCUCCGGCCUUCAGAGAGCCUCCCCACUGGGCUCUCGCCGGGCGCCGCAGGAGGCGAGUGGAGCUGUGACGGAGCCGACAGGAGGUAUAACGGAAGUGAAAGCUUGUGUAACGGGACCGAGCUGCGCCUGAGGAACGGUGAUAGAUCUGGAUACAGUUCAGGAGCCGCGCUGUGCCAUACACACUCCAAUGGGAGGUGUAGGCAGCACCUGGCUGGUAGAUUGGACCCAGAGGUGUGGAAGACAGUCAUCAGUUCCAUAUAUGUGAUUUUUGUGUUUGGAUUUACAUCUUUUGUCAUGGUCAUUGUACAUGAGCGGGUUCCAGACAUGAGGACAUACCCACCGCUGCCUGAUAUAUUCCUGGACAGCGUUCCCAGAAUACCUUGGGCUUUUGCAAUGGCUGAAGCUUGUGGCCUUGUCCUGUGUUACAUGUUUCUGUUGAUCCUGCUCCUUCACAAACACAGGUCCAUCCUCUUCAGGCGGUUGUGUUCUUUGAUGGGAACUGUGUUUUUGCUUCGCUGCUGCACCAUGUUUGUCACCUCGCUCUCUGUGCCGGGGCAGCACCUGAAGUGCGCCAGUAAGACGUAUGAUGACUCCUGGGGGAAGAUACAGAGGGCGCUAGCGAUCUGGAGUGGAUUUGGGAUGACUCUGACUGGUGUCCAAACGUGUGGAGACUACAUGUUCAGUGGACACACGGUUGUCAUCACAAUGCUCAACUUCUUUGUUACCGAAUACACUCCACGAACCUGGAAUCUGAUUCACACCAUCUCCUGGGUGUUAAACCUCUUUGGGAUUUUUUUCAUCCUGGCGGCUCACGAGCACUACUCCAUCGACGUGUUCAUUGCCUUCUACAUCACCACCCGCCUCUUCCUCUACUACCAUACCUUAGCAAACACCCGUGCCUACCAGCAGAGCCGAAGGGCGCGCAUUUGGUUCCCCAUGUUCUCCUUCUUUGAGUGCAACGUGAACGGACCUGUCCCCAACCAGUAUCACUGGCCCUUCAACAAACCUGCCUUCAUGAAAGCUCUGAUUGGAUAGAGUAUACUUUCAAAGAUCAGCUGCUGCAGAGUGCAUGGACUGUAAUAUUACAGCCUGAAUGAGAAACUUUUUAUGUAAAUGCUGCUUCCUACCUUUGGAUGACUGUAAGUUUAUUAUGUGUGGGAGUUUUUUUUUACCCUCAGUUGCAUAAAUGGAUGAUCUUUAUUUUGUUAAGUAGUCUUAUGUUUAAAGGAACAGUUUGACAUUUUGAGAAAUACGCUUAUUUGCUUUCUUGCAGAGAUUUAGAUGUGAGGAUUAAAACCUCAAAUCUAACUCUAUUUAAACACCUAUUAAAUGGAUAUAUUUAAUGGACAGACUUUCAUGUCUGUCCAUUAAAUAUGAAGCUAAAGCCAGCAGCUGGUUAGCUUAGCUUACUACAAGACCUAGAAUCAGGGGGAAGCAGUCAGCAUUGCAUUGUUCAAAGGGAAGAAAAUCCACCUACUAGCGCCUCUUAAGCCAACUGCCUAACAAGUUAUAUCUUGUUUGUUUAGUCUGUACAAAAACAAAGCAUAAAAACAGCAAUUUGUUACUGUGACUGCAACAUUGCGCAAAGCCACUGCUCCCGCCCCAAAAAUAGUCUGGCACAUAACCUACUGUAAAACCGUGACUUGUCAUUUUUACACUGUUGUUUUUGUACAGAUUAAACAAACAAAAUUUACCAUUUUAUUU